AUAUUUGUGUCCAAGGGAGACCUCACUGGGACGGGACAGGUAACGCAAACCAUACAUCUACGGAGCUUUCCUGUCAAGGUAUGCAAUAGAGUGCAGAUAAUGCACAGACAUGGUGCCUUGUCAAACCCAUGUGUUGCUGAAGUGGCAGGAGCACUUCAAUAGCUCCUGGGCUGCAGAAGAUAGUGUACAGACAGCCAGGAGACAUGGUGCUGCUGUGCUCUACAAUAAGCUCCUUUACAACAAGGAAGUGGUGACUCUGGCCCAACCUGUCCAAGAACUUGUUGGCCCACGGCUGCCAGACUUUGAGUGUGAUUCCAGCGCAUCGGUGGAGAAGGAAGAGUAUCUGUCGUCCCUGCUCCAUAGUCAACGAUGGCUGGCUCACCGUAUGCUGACACAAACCUCCUACACCCUGGGGCUCCACCACAGGCUGGUAGUUCUACAGAGGAUCUACUACGCACUUCACAGCAAGUACCAUGACAAAUUCUGCAUGCAGCUGCCAUCCCAGUCCACAGACAGUGGGGCUGAGCGUGGGCAAGUUGAGCUGGCCUCAGAACCUUGCCUGCCAGGGGGAGCAUGCAAAAUCAAGUCAGGUACAGAUGUUCUGAUAGAAAUGGGUGUGAGGACGGGUUUGAGUCUACUCUUCUCAUUACUGCAGCAGAACUGGAGAUAUGCAGCUUCUGUUCAUCCGGAGUCUGUGCUUUGCAAUGAUGUGCUUGCCACAGCAUCCUCUGUCCUGGCUUCACUGCCUCCACUUUCUCUUGCUAAUGAGAAUAAGAUCCCAUCAGUGGGUUUGGACUGCCUAGCACAAGUGGCUGAUUUCCUAAAGAAGACAUCAGUGAGCAGUGGGAGUGGUGGGGCAGACCCGACUGGACGGAGACUAGCGCUGGAGCUGCUGCUGGGCCUGGCCAUGCAGAGAGGCUCUCUGAAGUUUCUGCUGGAGUGGGUGGAGGUAGCUUUAGCUGCUUCCAUGUCCUCCCCCACCUGUAUUCUGUCUUCCUCCUCUUCAUUAAGCUCCCAGCAGUCAGCUGGUGUAGGUUUUGAUGUCAUUCAGCAAACACUUCUACAAAUGAAGCAAUAUUCGGGUUUUCGCGGGGAUGCUGUCAACACUCAGGUGCUUACAAAAGAUGCAGAUGGACUUUGUCGACUCUCCCAGGCAGCUCUCUGCUUGUUUGAGGAGGUAUGUAACUUGGCAUCUUACUGCCUGUGCUCGUGCAGCACCGAAGCAGCGACUCCUGGCACUGAGAGUGAUGCAGUCAUGGUGUAUGUGUGGGGCAGCAACAGCAGCCAUCAGCUGGCUGAGGGAACUCUGGAGAAAAUCUUGCUGCCAAAACUAACACAGGGCUUCAGUGAUGCACAAAUGAUUGAGGCAGGCCAGUACUGUACCUUCUCUGUAUCUGCUGACGGCUCAGUGAAAGCUUGUGGAAAAGGCAGCUACGGCCGCUUAGGACUGGGAGACUCAAACAACCAGUCCAUGCCAAAGAAGCUUGUGCUGGAGCCACAUAGAAACAUGAAGAAAGUAUCCUCCUCAAAGGGCUCUGAUGGGCACACUUUGGCUAUCACUGUGGAGGGAGAGGUGUUCAGUUGGGGUGAUGGAGAGUAUGGGAAACUGGGACAUGGCAACAGUGCUACACAGAAAUACCCCAAAAUCAUACAAGGACCGUUGUUAGGCAAGGUGGUUGUUUGUGUGUCUGCUGGCUACAGACACAGUGCUGCUGUAACUAACGACGGAGAGCUUUAUACAUGGGGAGAAGGGGACUUUGGCAGACUUGGUCACAGUGAUAGCCAAAGUCGCAACGUGCCCACACUAGUGAAGGAUAUCAGUGGUGUGGGGAACGUGGCCUGUGGCAGCUCUCACACCAUUGCUGUGGCCCAGGAUGGACGCACCGUGUGGUCUUUUGGAGGAGGAGACAAUGGUAAACUGGGUCAUGGAGAUACAAAUCGUGUGUAUCGUCCCAAGGUCAUAGAGGCUCUACAUGGAUUUAUCAUCAGGAAAGUGUGUGCAGGCAGUCAGUCAUCGCUAGCCCUGACAUCUGCAGGACAGGUCUUUGCAUGGGGUUGCGGCUCAUGUUUAGGAUGUGGCUCCUCUGAAACAACCUCACUGAGGCCUAGGUUCAUAGAAGACCUGGGUAUCACUAAGAUUAUUGACAUCUCAUGUGGGGACAGCCACUGUCUGGCUCUGUCUCAUGAGAAUGAAGUGUAUGCAUGGGGCAACAACACAAUGGGCCAGUGUGGGCAAGGCCACACUUCUACUCCUAUUACCAAACCCAAGAAAGUGCUUGGCUUAGAGGGGGUGUCAAUUCAGCAAAUCACCGCUGGGACCUCUCACAGUCUGGCAUGGACUGCAGUUCCUACUGACAGGCAACUAGUGGCAUGGCACAGGCCGUUUUGCGUCGACCUGGAAGAGAGCACAUUUGCCUACUUGCGUAACUUCCUAGAAAGUUACUGUGAUGGCAUCAGUGAUGAUACACCCCCUGCUCCUUUUUUAUCUAAAAGGGAUCACCAUCAUUUCCUUUUGCUGUGCAUGAAGCUGCUGUCCAUCCACUUGUCCUUGGCCCAUGCAGGGGGCACUGGUGCCAUGGUUCUGGGUGCUCAGGGCAGGCCCCUGAGAAAUCUGCUCUUUAGACUCAUAGAUACCAACAUGCCAGACUCCAUACAACAAGCAGUUUUGAACACUCUGUCUAUUGGUUCGUCCCUGCUGUUGCCUCCACUGAAGGAAAGAACAGAAUUGCUCCUCUCCCUUCUUCCUCAGGGUCCUCAGAGUUUAAAUGUACUCUCCAAAGGACAGCGUUUGCAGUUAGACAUGGUUCUCAGCAGCCUUCAGGACCAGAGCCAUGUCGCCUCUCUACUAGGUUACAGUAAUUUUGGCGAAGUGACAGCCGUGGGACCUCCACUGACUCCUGCUAUGUCAGUCCGUGCUCCUUCCUCUACAAGCUCAGCUGAUGCCUACGACCCUUUGCACUUAGCAGAAGUGCUGAUGAAAACCCUGCUGCUUAGCAUCGGCUUUUACACGGAACAGCAAUUUGGGGAGUUAGAGAAAAACAGUGAUAAACAACUAUCUGGUGAUAGUCAGGGGCAAACUGAUCCACCAUCUCACUUCCACCAGCUGCUGUCUGGACUUCAUAGACACCUGCUUGCCCACUGCUACAUUCAUUCCAGCCCAGAGGAUGGCAGCAGCGUAACACUGCUGCGUGAACAUCUUUACUUGCUGCUUCCCUGUGCUGCGGAAACACUCAAGAGAUCAACCAAGCUGUUAAAGAAGAGCUUUCCAGACAAACAAAUUAUUAAAAAGUUGCACAUGGUGUUGUACAAUUCAGUGGCUGGUAGCCUGCUGUGCCAGGUAAUGUACUCCUUGCUGCUGCUGCCUCUGGGUACAGUUCAACCUCUCCUGAGCCAUUUACUUUUUUUGUUGGAGCACCUGAAUGAUUUCAACAGUUUGCUGCCAGAGACGGUCCUUCUGGAGGAACAAGAACUGGGAGUGGAAACUCAAAAAGCCUGCUCAGACAAAAAUGAAGAAAAUGCCAGCCUUGGACAGCAGCAGCAACAGGAGGAAGAGUGCAUAUGGGUUUGGCUGUUGGACCUGGAACGGUCAACUGCCUUGGCAGUCGGCCGUUGCCUUGGUGGUAUGUUGCAAGGACCACCGCCUUCACUCCAGGAGAAAACAUCAGAGAUCUGGCUAUCAGAUGUCCUCCUCAGGAAUGGUCUUGAAAUGGACUUUGAACAGCUGGACGCCAACCUGGCAUGGCUGACUGAGGUAGUGCUGCUGGGCAGUAGUGAUGCCAGACUAGCAGAGCUGAGUCUUACUGAGGAUACCAGGACUUUACUGGAACUGGCUCUGGGAUCCACCAGAGGACCUGCAGGUGUCCUGUGGUGGAACAUGGAGGAGUAUGCCCACAGUAAAGCAGAAUGGGAGAGUGGAAGCUCUUCAGGGGAUUGUCUGCUGCAGAUUGUCUGUCGCUGCAGUCUGGCUGCACUCCUUAAACACACUGGACUGCAGAAUGAGGCCCGUUGGCAGGACAGAUAUGAGCCCUCUGAGAUACUGUUCGAUGUCUAUGAAACAGUUUAUAAAAUCAGAAGCACUCUGAUGGCCCUAAAAAACUCUCCAAAAAUCUCACAAGGGCAAGCAGCUACCAAACAGAACUCUCAGUCUCCUCAAAGUCCAGAUGGAGAUAGGCAAGAACCAGGCACAUCAGUGGAGCAGGUGGAAAAGAAUCACGAGCAGCAAUCACGAAGUCAUUGUAACCGGGAGGUGCAGGUUCCUCCCCUUUCUCCCGCAAACCACAACCAGGACGAGGCCACCGAUGAGGACAGACUUAGCAACAGUCGUAUGUACCUGUCAGAAGUACUAGAGUCAUUCAUGGCAACCCGGGAAUCCAUGCAAGUACAGCAAAACGUGACGGUGUACGAGUCGUUUGGCACUUCUACCCUCCCCAGCAGCAUGGAAAGCCCCGUUAGCCCAGAGAGAGAGCUAGAUCACAAACAACAAGGAGAAAAUCAGAGAGAAUCUGAGGAGAACUUGUCCUUCCCAGCUGCCUGUCAUCUGGUGUUGUCCCGAUGUCUUUUUCUCCUGCUGGGAGUCAGGCCUGCUUGGGUGGAGCCCAGUGAAGGGGAAAAUAGUCAUACUUUGACUAUAACAAGGAAAUCAUCAAAAGAGUCUUUCACAGUGACUGUUAAUGGACGGAAACAGUUUGAACAAUCCAAACACUCUCCUGGAUCUUCCAAGGUUAAAUUGGGCUUACCUCUGUGCUCUUUGGGAGUCAUGAAAGAUGCUUGGGAUCGCUUACGGCAGUGUAUCAGCCCAACUUCCCCCUUGUCACACUGUGGCAGCAACACUUUGCCUAUUCUCAACCAGGUGUUUCACUUUGUCUGUGGAAGUCUGAUCCACCCACCACUUUCUUCACCAACUCUGGCAGGUGGACAGAGCUGUAGUCAGGCAGACCCAAAGGCCAUUGCUUUUGCCAUAAUGCAGCAGCAACAGCGGGCUGAGAUGCGUCUGGAGGCCUUAUGUCAGAUGUCUGCCUUCCUUUCUAAGAUGGAGGAGAAGAGCAGUGGAUCCUCAGUUUCUCCUCAGUUUCCUGCUUUGUUACAGUCAGUGCAGCUCCAGUUUCUCUCUGGAUGCUUUGCCUUGGGAACACAAAUCAUUGGCUCUCACUCUGGAGUUCAUUAUGAGACUCAGCAUUACAUGUGUGGCACUAAUGCAGCUUCUGCAGAAACAAGAAGAGAGCUACAGUCUGCAGCCCACGCCUUUUACCAGCAAGUGGUGUGUGUUCUCAAACAGAGGGUCCAGUUGGAAAAAGAACAACCUGGUUCCUGCCAGCACCUUCUUCUAGCCACAAUGUUUGCACUGAAUUUUUGUUACCAACCUAUUGAUUUGGUGCUGAUCAUCAAAUGUGGCAUCCUGGAAAUCCUGUCCAUGCUGACCAACAACAGCUGUGCACUGACAAACCAGGGCUGGUUUGCAGCCUCAACAUCUGGAUCAAUGUUAGUCAGCGGAGCACUCAGACUGGCAUGCGCCCGCCUGCUUCAGAUUUUGACUGUAGCAGCAAGUUCCUGUGAGGAUUUGCUGCCUAUAGAUGUAUCUUAUUCUCUGAUGGAGGUGAUGUGUGGGCAUUUGCAAAACAUCCUGCACAAAUUCCACCAACAACAGAUGGCAGAGAAAGAAUCAAUGGACAGGGCAAAUCUGGACGCCACCUGCAAGAGCACAAGUAUACCUGAAAACAGCAAUGUGGUUGAAUCUCAGCUGGCGGAUUUCCUGGUGUUUCUCAGGCGAGUGUUGUCACUAAGAGUAAUGAAAAGACUUUCAACUUUUGUCAAAUGGAUUAAUCCACUCAUGGCCAUUAUUUCACACAAGUGCUCUUCAGGAUCUCCAUGCUUCAAGAAUCUUCGUACUAAACUUUUGGCCUUCCAUGUUUUAGAAAGAUUAUUACCUGCUUGUUCUGAGCCUGUUCAGAUUCAACAGAUUGUCAAACAACUCUUUCAGCUGUUGUCCGUUUAUAUGUGGGAAGAACCUCUUGCUGAGAGAAACUUUGAAGAAGCAGCUGAAAAAGACACACUGAAUCCUGGCAGCUAUGAUGAGUGUAUUCCCAUUGGAGAUUUUUCCUUUGAUCCACACAAGCUGGUCUGCUGUUCUCUGGAGAGUGGAAAUGUUCUCUCCCAUGGUUCAGGAGGGAAAGGCUAUGGCUUGGCAACCACAGCCAUUACCUCUGGAUGCUUCAUUUGGAAGUUCUACAUUGCCAAGGAGAACAGAGGCAAUGAGGGCACAUGUGUGGGAGUAUCACGCUGGCCACUCAGAGAUCACAACCAUCAUACCACCACUGACAUGUGGCUGUAUCGUGCUUAUAGUGGCAACCUGUACCAUGGAGGUGAACUGGUCCGUACACUUCCCUCUUUUACCCAGGGUGACACUAUCACCUGCGUCCUGGACAUGGAGGCUCACACUAUAUCAUUUGGCAAAAAUGACAAGGAGCCAAAGUUGGCGUUUGAGGGAGUGGUUGCCUCUGAGCUGUAUCCAUGUGUGUUGUUUUACAGCAGUAAUCCUGGAGAGAAGGUGGCACUGCGUGACCUGCAGAUCAGAGGCAUGCCCAGUAAUCUGCUUCCCGGGGAGCCUCUGUGCAGCCCUCGGACAACCGUGCUGCUGGAGUCAACAAUUCAUCUCCUACGUAGGCUCCAUGAGUGUGAUCCGUGGUCCACAUAUAUUAACCAGCACAUUCAUAUCCACCUGGAGCUUAUCGGUCCUGUGCUGAGAGACGAAGACUCUGGAAGCUUUAAAGACUCUGGUCACGGUCUUACACACACUGAGAAGGAAGACAAAGACCUGACUGGCGAAGACACCCGGGAAUUACUGGCACAUCGUCAGUCCUUGUCGGAGGCCAAGCUGGAGGCUCUUUGCACUCAAGUGUGGCCGGUACUGGCACUGAUUGGAGGAGUUGACAGUGGUCUCCGUGCGGGAGGUCUGUGCCUGCACAGGCCCAGUGGUCGUAGGGCCGUUCUACUGGGAGUCCUGAAAGAAGGAAGCUCUCUGGCCAAGCUUCAGUGGGAGGAGCCAGAUCUCUCUGUCAGCGACACGCCGAUCAUCUCAUUGGAGCCCUGUGACAUAUCCUGCUGUGAUGUCACCCGCCUCGGAGGCCUCAAACCAACGGUGUUGUUAGAUCUGAUAUAUUUGAUGGGGCUGCUGGAGGAACAGGGGUGGCUGGGGGCUCUUCCGCUCUCCAAAAGGAAAUACUCUCAGGAGAUUCUGAAUGAGGGUGAGACUCAGUCCUUCCUGGAUGAAGAUAUAUCAGAUGAAAUGAAAUGCCUGUCAGAAGAUGAGAAGAAGAAAAUGAAGGAGCAGAAAGUUGAGGCAAACUCUUUCCCAUCACCAUCAUCAACCAGCGAUGCUGCAAAGACCGCUGACUCUCAGGAAUUCUGCUCAGCUCAGUCUCCCCAAACAUCCCAGAGCUCAAAGGUGGAUGCCUUUGCCCUAGAAGUGAAAGCAGUUAGAGUCUCAUAUCUUCUUAUUGGGGGUUUGAAAGCCCUGACUGUCAUUUUUAGCUGUGAGAAACUUUCAGAUUUGCUCCUAGCACCUAAACAUGACUCUAAAAACCCCUUAGUGACUCCUCUUUCCAGUCCUACCCCUGACACGACUAAGACCAGCAAUAAACAGUGGGAUGAAAGUACCGAGCUGAGAUCAGUGCUGCAGUAUGUAGUUCAGAGUAUGGUGAAGUGGGCAGUAAGGCCUUGUCCAAUCAAACAGACUGUGUCUCUAGCUGAUCUAGAGAGAGCUCAAGUCAUGAUAUACAAAGGAGCCCUGAACAGACAGCAGGACAAAGAACGCAAAGAAUCCGCCCAUCGCUUGUCCUCUCAGCCCAUUUCUAAAUCCUCCAGCUCGGUGUCUUUGUACAGUGUGGGUUCAGAAGGCACUGCCAUAUUUGGCCAAUCAAACAGAGCUUCUGCCUCAUCCUCAAAUACUGACUUGGCAUCCUCUUUGCCAACAAACCUGCAGACAGAUGGUCUGGAUAACUUCAACCCUUUCCUUCCUAUUAGCCUCCUCCAGCACAUGGUGCUAACUCGGUUCCCUACACUUACGGGCCUGGUUAGCGCUCCCCCUGUGCUGCACCCUUGCUUCAGCUUGGCCAGCUCUGCUUCUUGUGAUGCCUUCACAGAACAGCAGACUAGCUUCAUGGAGCCUGGUCCCUGCAGCACACAGGCCAGAAGCAGUCUGGAACGGACACAAAUGUUUGUCACCAGUCGCUUGCUAGAAAUGGGAUUCUCUAUGAGACAUAUCUACUGGGCCAUGGAAGCAGCAGAUGUAGCAGGUGACUUGGACUCUCAGACCAUUGAGGUGUUGGCCAGCUGGAUGUUAGAGCACCCCCUGACAGAGGACCAGCAGGCAUCUGAGUUACCGAGACCAGAGGGUGUUCCUGACACACCUUCCCCAGAUGGGCCGGAGACAGUGCAAUGCCCUGAACGGCCCACUAGCCAUACCAAUGAAAGCCUUUUGCCAGGGCUCGACUGGAUAGAGAGGGAGAACUUCUUGGAUGUCCAUCUUACUAGGAACAGACCUCCGCCAGCACGGAGGCGACGCUCAGGUCCCACACAGAGGACCUCCUUCAGAAGGGCAGACUUGCCAUCACCUAGCCCCCUCCCUCAGCCGUACCAGCAGCACACAGCAGUCGGUGAUUGGCCAGAGCAGGUUGAGUUCCACCCAUACUCUACUGAGGAGGAAUCAGAGUUGGGCUACAUGGAUGAUCCAUACCAAGAAGAAACUUAUGAGGACCUGCUUACCCCUUCAUUCUUCAGUUUGGAGAGAGACACACUGCAGAUAGUGGAGGUUGGAGAAGAACACAGCCAGAUGGUGAAAUGUGAGCUGUGCAACACCUUUACUCUGCAGUUUAACAAUCACAUAAAGCGGCGACAUCCAGGAUGUGGGCAGAGUGCUGCACGCAAGGGCUACGACAGUACCGGUGCCUAUGUCGAUGUCUGGUUCAAAGGGGAGUGUGGCUCAAACUUCCCAUUCUACCUUCUCUGCAGCUCUUGUAGGGAAAAAUAUCUGGCUGCAAACAUGAGUGAUCCAAAUUCUAAAUAUGAAAGGAUUAAAGGUCUGACAUCUGAUUUGAUUGGACAAAUGGACAGCACUUCAGAUGAUGACUGGGAAAUGAGCCACCAUGAUGAGUAUGACACAGGCAAAUUGACAGGACUGGAGGAUUUUGGACUCCUGCUAAGACCAUUGGGGCUGACUGAAAAGAAGCUAGUACCAGAUCCCAUUAUCUUUAUGGAACCAGAUCCACUUGGAACUCUAGUUUACAGCUCAGGAUAUCCAACAAGAACAGCUGCUAAAGGUAAUGCCCUUGUUGAGCAGAAGACAUCACUGAGUCUUGGCCAGCAGGCAAUAUCACUGAGGGACUCACAUGACAGACUAAAAGCUUUACGAAGAGUCACAUCCACAGCACAGAUUCUACUAGCUUACAACAUGGUGAUGAGAGCACUGUCUCAGACUGCCUCAAGUGUGUUAGUGUGCAGCCAGUCAAAUGGACUUGAGUCAUUGGGCCUGGCAGACAUCCGGAUAUUGGUGCGUCUGAUGACUUUAGCAGCAGGGGGCAGGGCUCACACCUGUGUGGGCAAUCAGUCAGGUGUGAAAGGACUGGCGACAGAACACACCAACUCCACCUGCCUCAGCUUUCUUACUUCAGCCAUUGGCAGUGUGGUGUCCCACAGCCCUACUGCUUACAGACAGCUAGUUGAGAUUUGCACUCAGGACCUCAUGGCUGCAGCUACUGGGGUGAACAUUGGAGCCAUAAUUGACCCACAGCAGCGAUCCCCUCUAACAAUUGCAACCCAGGGAGCCCAGCAGCAAGACCACAAUGACCAGACACCCUCAACAUUCCUGGUCACACAAAGUCUGGUGUCCCUGCUAACUGAAAAGAGCAUUCAUUGCUAUGGCCCUGAUAGAGCUGAACAUGAAGAUGUGGGAAACCAAGGGGUGUCUUCUUCCUCUUUGCCUCCCUCACCUUUACCACAUCUGAGUGGCAGAGUGGGCCCUCUGGAGCUGGCAAAUGCUUUGGCAGCAUGUGUCCUCUCUGCAAGGCUGACCAGUCAACACCGACAAUGGGCAGCACAACAGCUGGUGCAGGCCUUGGCAGCUGCAGGGAGGGACAGUCCUAAUCGACCCCAAACAUACACUGACCUGGCUGGUGACUUGCGCAAAUGUCCUCUCAAGAGACUUGAAGGACAUUACAACAAGGUGGCCAGCUGUUCCUGGAGCAGUGAGCAGAGUUUGCUGGCAACAUGCUCUCAGGACAAGGUGGUGCAGCUGUGGACCAUCAGCCAAAACACUGUGGAGUUACAGACCACAUUCUCCUGCAUUACCAGCAAGACAGACAGAUCAAGCAGUGAGAGAGCUGGCAGAUGUCAGCAUAUGUCUCCUGUAUACUGGAGUACUGGAGGAAACUUUUUGGCCGCACCUGAGAACAAACACAUAAACAUUAUGAAUAUCAGAGGAUCUCUCUGUCAUGUGGAGGCUCUGGGUUCUCGCAUCACAGCACUCUGCUGGGCUCAGAGCUUCAGUUUGUGGGUGCUCGACCAGUCAGCGGCCUGCAAGAACAGACCUGCUGAAAGCUUGUUGGUGGGACGGCUGGAUGGCUCUCUCUGCUGGUUGCAAGUCACAAUGCAGGAAAUGGACCUGCUUGUGAAGAACACUGAACUAACCCACUGCCAAAGGACAGAGGCUCCCCAGUGUGUUGCCUGGCACAGUGAAGACAAGCCUUUUGCAGUGGGCUAUCCUAGUGGCAAAAUCCUUUUGGCCACCACUGAGAGCUAUGAGAAUACAGAGCCUGUGGUGAUGUCUCUCUUCCAGGACAGUGUGAGUUUCUUAAAAUGGGACCCUACAGGACACUUGCUGCUCUGUUUGGGGAGGUCAGAUGUAGUGAAGAUACUGGGACGCUCUGGGAGCACCUGGGUGACCAUUCAUACUCUCUUCCAUGCUAGCACUAUUAACAUUGCAGAAUGGUGCCCACUCGCUGGCAGAGCACCAGAUCCCAGGCUCAUGAUGGCUGUAGGUUGUCAGAAUGGCUCUGUGUAUAUCUGGACACUACCACAGGGGGGUACCAUUGUGUCCUUGCCAAACAAAUUGCACAACUCCCAGUGCCAGAACAAAAGCACCAAGACUGAGCAGGACGGUGCAAAGUGUGCAUUUGUACUUCAUGGUCACAUUACAGCAGUGAAGUCCCUUUCAUUUUGCUCCAGUGGCCUGGCACUGGUUUCUGGAGGGAUAGGCGGACUGCUCAACAUCUGGUCUCUACAAGAUGGUUCAGUGUUACAAACUGUUACAGGACUGGGUUCAGUUGUCAGUACAGCCUGGAUCCCAAACUUAGGUGUAGCUGCUUGCUUUGGGAGGUCAAAGGAUGUUUUGUUGAUUUGCUGCACUCCAGACUGGAUCAGUCAAAACCAUGUGUUGGCAUCCUGUCGCAUGGUCCUCAGAAGCCAGAACAUCUUGGGGCUAAAUCGGGCUCCUUGCUUGGCUGUGUUCUUGGAGAGGCUCCCCUUGUUGCUGCAGGAGCAGUACAGCUAUGAAAGGACCCAUGUGACAUCUGGUGACCAGCUUGUCCACAGUGCCUUCUUGCAAAGCCUGGCCUCCUUAGCUGUUGGUUUGUCCUUAGAGAAACACCUGUGCUCUUACCCACGGCCCCCCCACCACAACUAUUCUGAGCCUCAUUCCUGUCUGUCAGAGUGGAGCUGGCUGCUCACAUAUGCUACUACUAUUCGCAGUGCUGAGGCUAUUGCCAGCGGUACUUCCUUUCCUGAAACCUUUGUUGUUUCUGAUUUUCAAGAGGUUGAAGACACAAACAUCACCAAGGCACUGGACAAUAGUAAGUGGAGUUUCAGUAUGGAUGAACAACUGAUGUCAUGGGCCACAAACAAACCCGAGGACUGGCAGCAAGGGGGCAAAACUGAGGUGUAUCUGUGGGGAAAUGGUCGUUAUGGACAAUUGGCAGGAACAGGAACCAACCUUGCAUUUCCUACGCUGGCACCCUCUCUGCUACAGACACAGCAGGUUGUUUGUGGUCAAAACUGUACAUUUCUGCUCCAGUCCAAUGGUUCGGUUCUUGCUGUAGGAGAAGGACAGUAUGGUCGACUGGGCCAGGGGAAUUCUGAUGAUCUCUUUGUCCCCACUAUUAUAUCUGCAUUUCAAGGGUAUGUAGUGACACAGCUGGUGACAUCCUGUGGCUCAGAUGGACAUUCGAUGGCCCUGACAGAAACUGGGGAGGUGUUCAGUUGGGGAGAUGGAGAUUUUGGAAAACUGGGCCAUGGCAACAGUGAAAGGCAAAGGAGACCCAAACAGAUAGAAGUCUUACAAGGAGAAGAAGUCACUCAGCUUGCUUGUGGCUUCCGGCAUUCUGCUGUGGUUACAGCAGAUGGGAAAUUGUUUACCUUUGGUAGUGGCGAAUCUGGGCGUCUGGGUCAAAGGUCCACAUCCAACAGGAUGCUGCCUGAAAGGGUGGCUGCACUAGAGGGAUAUCAUGUUGGACAGGUUUCAUGCGGUCUCAACCAUACAUUAGUGGUGUCUCUGGAUGGCAUGGUGGUGUGGGCAUUUGGAGAUGGGGAUUAUGGCAAACUGGGAACAGGUUCCUCCACAGCAAAAUACUACCCUCAGAAAGUGGAGCAGUUGUGCAACAAGGGAAUUAAAAAAGUCUGUUGUGGGACUCAGUUCUCCGUGGCCCUGGCCUGUGAUGGACAUGUUUACACAUUCGGACAAGAGCGUCUGAUUGGUCUGCCAGAAUCCAUGCUGAAGAAUAAAUCCAACCCCCAGGUGGUGCCUUCCCUAGAGGGAUUGUUCAUAGAGGACAUUGCUGUGGGUUGUGAACAUGUGUUGGCCCUGUCCUCCACUGGAGAUGUUUAUGCAUGGGGGUGCAAUAGUGAGGGACAGCUUGGCCUUGGACACUCCAAUCCAGUGAAGGAGCCAACACUUGUGACACCUCUCCAGGGUAAACACAUCCGACAAAUCUCUGCUGGCCGCUGCCACAGUGCAGCUUGGACGACUCCAUCUACCUCGCUGAAAACCUCAGGUGGUUCUGGAUAUUUCCAGCUUGGCCUUCCCCAGUCUGUCCCUCCCCAGUACAACACUCUAAAAGACUGCAGCCCUGAUUUGCUCAGCAUGCGCCUCAGGGUGCUCUACCACUUCUCUGAUCUCAUGUACAAAUCCUGGAGGCUCCUCAAUCUGGGCACAAAGAAUCCGAUGUCCACCUCACGCUAUAGUUCUGGGACUGCAGCCAUCAUUCGCGGUGAACUCAGAGGCCUUCUAUCACCCAAGGUCAACACUCUGCCUCUUGUGCGCUCAAUCGGCAGGACAAUGACCCAGGGUAAAACAUAUGGGCCUCAGAUCACUGUGAAGCGGAUUUCCACAAGAGGGCGUUCGAGCAAGCCCAUCUUUGCACAGAUAGCAAAGCAGGUGGUGAAUCUGAAUCCUCUUGAGCUGCGGCUCCCAUCACGAGCCUGGAAGGUGAAACUGGUUGGGGAGGGAGCUGAUGAUGCUGGAGGAGUGUUCGAUGAUACCAUCACUGAGAUGUGCCAGGAGCUGCAGUCUGGUGUGGUGGAUCUUCUGAUUCAUACUCCCAACAGCUUUGCAGAUGUGGGGAGCAACACUGACAGGUUCUUGCUCAAUCCUGCGGCACACUCUGAUGAUCACAUGGUCCAGUUUCGCUUCUUGGGUAUCCUCAUGGCAGUAGCUAUCCGCACUAAAAAGCCACUGGACUUACAUUUGGCUCCUUGGGUGUGGAAACAGCUUUGUUCCAUGCCAUUAGGAGGGCCUGACCUGGAGGAAGUGGACCUGCUAACCUUCCGCACCCUUCAAGGCAUCCAUCACUUAGAAAACAGUGGAAUAACAGAGGACAAUUUCCAUGUAAUGAUCCCACUGGAUUCAUUCAUGGCUCACAGUGCUGAUGGAAGGCUAGUACCUGUGGUUCCUGGAGGUCAGAACAUCCCCCUAACGUUUGCCAACCGAAUUGAAUAUGUGGAGAGAGCUCUGGACUACAGAUUGCAUGAGAUGGACUCACAGGUGGCCGCAGUCAGAGAGGGCAUGUCCACCAUCAUCCCAGUGCCCCUCCUCUCCUUGCUGACAGCGCAGCAGCUGGAGCAGCUGGUCUGUGGCCUACCAGAGGUCUCUGUUGAGAUGCUGAAGAAGCUGGUCCGUUACCGUGACAUCACAGAGAGCCACCAGCUUAUUGGCUGGUUUUGGCAGAGCUUGGAGGAGUUCACCAAUGAGGAGCGGGUGCUUUUCCUACGUUUUGUUUCUGGCAGAUCCAGGUUGCCUUCCAACCCGGCUGAUAUCACACAGAAGUUCCAAAUCAUCAAGGUGGACAGGCCCAUCAACGGACUCCCUACUGCUCAAACCUGCUUCUUCCUGCUUCGCUUGCCCCCGUACACAAGCCAGGCUAUCCUUGCCGAGCGUCUGCGUUACUCAAUUCACAAUUGCCCUUCCAUCGACAUGGACAACUACAUGCUGACCCACAACACAGACCCAGCAGACAGCUCAGACACCGAGGACUAAAGCUGCAGCGUACAGGGUGAUGAAUGUAUCUUCUCAAUGCCAUGCACAUCAUGCACUGAACACAGAUUUUUAUUCGCCAAACUUGUAUGGUAGCUUACUGUUUAUAUGUUGGUUGAUUUGAAGAAAAAAAUAGUUUUUAUUUUCCAGCUGUGCACAGUGUUGUAAUUAUUGCAGUGCUACCACAGGGAAAAGAAAAAAAAAAGAUUUUUAAAAUUAUAGGUGAAAAAGCCACAAUACUGGAGUUAAUGUGCCUGUUUGUUUGAAAAUGUAAUAAUUUAAUGAACUAUCUCACAUAAUGUAGUCACUACUGUAAAAUAAAGUGUUUAAAUAAGGACUUACAAA